AAACGUCCCCGCAGGGAACGUCAGUUCGCGCGAAUAGCUCAACCGCGGUGGUCGUCUCCCUUCUAGUUCCGUUAGCAAUGCCUCCCUGCUCGGUCAGCAUGGUUUUCUCGGUGGAACCGAUCAAGGCUCCUCAGCGAUGGCAAAAACGAUCGCACACCUACGACGAAGCGCUGGAGCUGGUCGGAUUCGGUCGGGCGCAGAUAUUCCUGGUGAUGCUGUCCGGUUUCUCCAUCAUGGCCUCGAUCAACGAAGCCAUGGGACUGAGCAUUAUUCUGCCGGCCAGCCAGUGCGACCUGGGGCUGGAUCCCGGCGAGAAGGGGAUGAUCGGUGGAGCGAUAUUUCUAGGGAUUAUGGCGUCGUCGUAUUUCUGGGGUUACCAGGCGGAUACACGAGGGCGGCAGGUCGUUCUAAAGUACGCCUUGAUCGUCACUUCGAUAUGCUCGUUUGCCUCGAGUUUUGCAAAUGAUUUUGCAUCGUUGAUGGUGCUGCGGUUCAUCACAGGACUGUGCAUUGCUGCUCCUGCCGCUACGAUUUAUGCCUAUCUAGGGGAGUUCUGUACGCCGAGUAGACGGGUUCAGCUGAUAUCGUACGCAUCGGUGAUGCCCUCCGUCGGGAUUAUUUAUGUGGCAUUGGUCGGCUGGUUAACGUUAUCAUACGAUUGGAGUUUCGCCAUCACGGACUCAAUCACCUACAAGCCUUGGCGACUGCUGUUCAUCUUGUACACGAUUCCCGGACUUUUGGCAGGAAUCACGUUCUUCUUUUUCCCGGAGAGUCCGAAGUUUCUGCUGUCCAAAGGACGAGAGGAUGAAGCGAUUACCGUGCUGAAGUGGCUCUAUCGAAUCAACCACGGAGUUGGAAGCGAAGGAAACUACAAGGUUGAGGCUCUUCGAACUGAAGCAGAUGAAGUCAAACUGGAGACAGGAUCCGGAAUGAUGGGAGUGUUGAAGUCGAUGAGGGAUCAGACCGUACCUUUGCUGAAGCUUCCAUAUUUGAAGUACUUCUUUGUUUGCUGCGUCCACAGCGCCAGUGCCUUCACCAUAUACGGUGGUUUAGGUCUCUGGUUCCCUCAAAUCAUGAACCAAAUCUCGUCCAAUCCUUCGUAUGGUACUGAGAUCUGUUCUGUUCUACAGCAGCCUACACCAGUAGAUUCUCCAUUUCCAGUGAUUUGCGAAUCCAGCGUUCAACAGGAGACCUUCAUCUAUACGGCAAUGCUCGGAGCAUUCGGGGCUACGUACUGUAUAACUCUGUCGUUGAUCCUGCGUCGAUUCCGUGGAUCUACAAUGAUGGUGUUCAACAUGGUCGUAGCGGGAGCUGCCGGAAUCUUGCUCCAGUUCUUCACCAACAGCUACCUGGUUGCAGUGCUCUUCUGUGUGGAGAUCAUGUUCGCAGGCAUCUGUGUCAUGCUGGUGAACGCUCGAGCCGUAUCGCUCUUUCCAACUCACGUCCGAGGCAUGGCCGUCUCAUUGGUCAACAUGGUCGGGCGGUUGAGCUGCUUUACCGCAAGUGCCGUCAUAGGACUGCUGAUGUCUCAAAACUGCCCACUUACGUUCUACUUCCUGUCCGGGAUGUUGUUCAUCAGUGCUGCCGUUACAUUCCUCCUGCCGCAAGAAGAGUGAUAGCUGAAGUUGUCAUGGCAACGCGUGAACUAGUCGACUGUGAUGUAUCUCAAAUUACGGUACAACCUGUGAAGUAUUCCUGGAGCCCCGCUAUCCAGGGGAUCGCCAUCUAGCGUAAGAACCGACUCCAAUAUCAUAAGACUGUCUAAAAUAGAGAAUAGUGACGUACGGCAAACAGAAAUUACCCCUAAGUCCUUACACAAUAAAUCUUAAACGGGAACCAUUGAAAGGAAGACAAACUGCAA